ACUAGCCAAUUGCUAAUCUGCAGUUAAUGCAAGCACAUCUAAACUUGAAUUAAUUUUCUAAACAGCUCUGGACUUGAUUAAGAAUGUGCAAGUGCAAGCAAUCAUAGGACCAAGAAAUUCAAUGCAAGCAAACUUUAUGAUAGCCCUAGGAAACAAAUCUCAAGUGCCCAUCAUCUCUUUCUCCGCGACGAGUCCUUUCCUAAUUUCCUCAAUGAGAAGUCCGUACUUUUUUCGAGCAACCCACAAUGACUCAUCUCAAGUCAAAGCCAUUAGUGCCAUUGUCCAAACCUUUCGAUGGAGAGAAGUAGUGCCCAUAUAUGUAGACAAUGAGUUUGGAGAAGGGGUUAUACCUUACUUAUCCGAUGCUUUAGAAGAGAGGUUAAUGCUCGGAUUCCUUACCGAAGCGUUAUCUCUCCUAGAGCCACUGAUGAGGAAAUUGAAAGAGAGCUAUUUAAGUUAAUGUCAAUGCAUAGUAGAGUGUUCAUUGUUCAUAUGACCCCAGAUCUUGGGUCUCGGCUUUUUGACAAAGCAACAGAGAUUGGAAUGAUGAGUGAAGGAUAUGUUUGGAUAAUAACUGAUGGGAUGACCAAUGUUUGGAGUUUGAUUCAUCAUUCUGAUCAUAUGGAUUCCAUGCAGGGUGUGUUGGGUGUAAGGAGUUAUGUUCCGAAGUCAAAAGAGUUGGAGAAUUUUAAGGUAAGAUGGAAAAGCAAAUUUGUGCAAAAUAAUCCUAGUAUGAUAAAUGCUGAACUAGACAUUUUUGGAUUAUGGGCUUAUGAUGCUACAUUAGCACUAGCCAUGGCAGUGGAAGAGGCACUAGGCAUCGCAAAAUUCAACUUUGAUGCAUCAAAUCUUGAAUCUUUUGGCUGGGUUUCUCAAAAUGGUCCCAAACUCAUUGAAGCUUUGUCAAGUAUGAGAUUUAAAGGCAUUAGUGGAGAAUUUGGGUUUGUCAAUGGGCAACUAGAGCCCUCAGUUAUCCAGAUUUUUAAUGUAAAUGGAAAUGGUGAAAAGGGGAUUGGGUUUUGGACGUCAAAGGAUGGACUAGUUAAAAGACUGGACUCCACUUCUAAUGCCAAUCUUGGAACCAUUAGAUGGCCGGGGGAUUCAUAUUCCAUUCCUAGAGGCUGGGAAAUUCCGAUAAAGGGGAGGAAGUUGAAGAUUGGAGUGCCAAUGAGAAAGGGAUUUGAUGAAUUUGUCAAGGUAACAUGGGAUCAGAAGACUAAUUCAACUACCUUCACUGGAAGUUGCAUAGAUAUCUUCAAUGAUGCCAUGAAGGUAAUGCCAUACCCCAUGUAGGAUAUAUUUAUAGUGCAAAACCUUAUUCUCUUAUGUGUUUUUUAUCGAUAUGGGAUGCAUUGAUUAGAGAAAAUUGACAGCUUUUAGUGACGAAAUAUAUUUUUUAGUGAUGA